AUGUCAGACAACACUGAAAUGCAAGCUGGUGCAAGCAAAGCAAAGGGAGGUAGAAAGGGUAAAGCUCCUCAACUGCAAGUCCCCAAUUAUGAUGCCACCAAUGAGACAGAGGUCAAAGUGACCAAUGAAGAAAGCAACCCUGACUCUGAUCAAGACAGUGGCAGCAAGCAAUACAACUUCUGCACUCUGGCAAAGCUCCUUGAGCUGGUGCCCAAGUUAAUGUCACAAAGCUACUAUAGUUGGAAUGUCCAUGUCAAAUCUUUCCUUCAAUCUGUUCCCCAUGCCAUGAAACACCUUGAGGGAACAUACAACAAGAAACACCCCAAGUGGAACCAUGUAUUCAAUGAUGCCCUGAUGAAUGCAGUACAUGGCACUAUCAACACCACUGGGGAAUACAACAUCAACUACCUAAUCCUUGACAUCAUUAGGGAACACCAUACAUUCCACCAGUUCUGGAAGAAGAUUGAGAAUGGCUUGACAAAUGAAGCUAUUGCAACCUCAUGCUGGAUUGCCCUCAUAGCCCAGUUAGGCGAGCUCAGGAUGUACAACUCUGAUGUCCAAAAGCUCAUUCAGGAAAUCAGGACCAUCCAGACAGAGAGCAGCCUACUGGGAAAACUGUUUGCAGAUGACACUUUGUUUUCGAUUCUACAGAAGUGCACUAUUUGCCACCCUGUGUAUAAAGAAACAGUUGCUACCAUCAGUCAACUCACCUUCAAUGCCCUUGCUACAGCCUUGACUAUCCAACAAUCAGCAGUUGAGAAUUACCCCACUCAGAAGAUUGACCCAUGUCAAGCCAAUGCCAGAGUUGCUGGCAGCGACAACCAAGAAGAACCAACUGUGAAGGAUGAGAAGGACCAAAAGGACGAGGACAAUGCCAAUGCCAAAGUUGCUGCUCGGCCUCGAAAGCUACAGUGCUGGGUUUGCAAGCGACUGGGACAUGGGAUCAACCAGUGUGAUGCUAUGGUAACCAUCCUGGAGAACUCCCCCCUUGCCAAGACCAAAUAG